AUGGGCGCCUAUAUCUCUUCCCUCUUCGACACCCUCAGCAAGCUUUCUGGGCGCAAGGAUGUUCGUAUUCUGAUGCUGGGACUGGAUGCCGCUGGGAAAACAACAAUCUUGUACAAGCUAAAACUGGGCGAGAUUGUCACGACGAUUCCGACGAUAGGAUUCAACGUGGAGACUGUUGCAUAUAAGAAUAUACAGUUCACUAUAUGGGACGUCGGAGCGCAGCAUCACAUUCGUCAGCUUUGGAAACAUUACUUUCAGAACACCCAGGCACUUAUAUUUGUCGUCGACUCGGCAGAUACUGUGCGAAUCGCCGAUGCAAAGGAGGAGCUGGAUCAUAUUCUCACCUUUGAGGAGCUGAAGGGUGUGCCUGUUCUCGUACUCGCCAACAAACAGGAUUUACCCGAUGCCAUCGAGGCGACACAGCUCGCGGACAAGCUUGGGCUUGUCACGUUUCGAGACCGACUAUGGUACAUUCAAGCAUGCUCUGCAACUUCGGGAGAAGGUCUUUAUGAAGGUCUUGAUUGGCUCACGAACACGAUGAAACGACUCUAUUGA